AUGAAGAGAGUCCCGCUGGACAAUCACCAGAUCUACAAUUUCUAUUUCAUGGCACUAGGUGCAAACGUCAAGGCGUUCAUUUUGAGUGGGUCUUUGGUGGGUGUGGGUGUCUUGUAUUACUGGUGGCAAAGACGUCGCAGGACCUCAAAAGUCUUUCAAAGAGACAACCAUGAGGUGAUUGUUAUGGCCGAUGCAAGAUUGUUUGAGGAAGCAUGUGCUUGGGUUGGCCAGAAUGGCGCCAAUUUGCCCACUUCAGCUGCACUUGAGCUGUAUGCCUUCUACAAGCAAGCCACCUGUGGAGAUUGUCCCACUAGUCGGCCUAUGGGCUUCCAGGCUGCAGCAAAAUGGGAUGCAUGGAGUCAACUUGCAGGAUGCCAGCCAGAACUGGCCCAGGUUUCCUAUGUGCAAGCCCUUGACACCUUGGUGCCCAACUGGCAGUUUGGAGGAGAGCUGGACGAAACACAAGUGAGCCGAGGGAACGGUGCCGUGGGGGAGCUUUCCAUGGGGCCUGCAGUCAGCACGAUGGGCGUGAUAGGUGGCGAUGAUGCAGAUGUAGAUGAAACUCCAGCUGGGCAGCUGUGCCAAAAGAUUGCAGAUGGUGAUUUUGAGGCUGCAUCUAGCUUGCUUCGUGCCAGCCCACACCUAGCAGCGCAGGCUGACAAGGACGGAAUGUUGCCUCUCCAUUGGGCUGCUGACAGAGGAGACCUAGACAUGGUGCAGUUCUUGCUGGAGAUCCCAGAGGCCAGGGCAAUGAUAAGUGCACCUGAUGCUGCCGGGGAUACUGCGUUACAUUAUUCGGUGAUGUCUGAAAAUGAGAUGGUUGCACAGCUGCUGGUUGCCAAAGGUGCCAGUGUGAACCUCGCCAAUGAGGCAGGCGAAACCCCAGAAACGCUUGCCCAAGAAGGAGGUGUUUGCCUUCGAGCCGAUUAG